AUGGCAAAGGUGAUUUUCACGGCUUGGAAAACCAAGUCUCAGUUGUUGGAAGUGCGGAACGAGUUUUAUCCUCCGUCUGCGUACGCUGGACCGGAUUUGCGUUCCCAUGGCUGUGCAGUGGUCGAAGCUUGGAAACUACGCGGCAAUGUACCGCACCAUGUUGAAGCUACGGCAUUAUUGACAGAUGCUAUUCUCCAUGAUGAUGCUCAGAGGAACUCCAUCUUCUCAAUUCGUGCUACAUAUUCCGCAGCUUUUUGUCGCUUCGUAACCGGUCUCGUGGACACCAAGAUCCACGGCGUUCGCCGAACAAUGUUCCAACGCGCCACAGACUUAGGCCUCCCAGCCUCCUUCGUGGAACUUCGCCACGAAGCAACCCACCGCGAGCCGCCGUCGCUUGUCGUACUGCGCAAAGCUGCACAGCGCUCGCUCGAGUGGCUGUGGGACAAUUACUGGGCCGGUGUUGCUGAUGACUCCGGUGCUGCAUUGACCCAUGACGACAGUGCGUCUGUCAGGGCCGCCUUAAGCGACGCUUUGCAGCCUCUAGCCGGCGGAUCGGCGGAUGUACCCAAGAAGCGGAAGCGGGAUCAGGCUGUUUCGGUCGCUAUGCGCCUUGUCUCGGUUUGUAAUGUUUCGGGGACGGGGGUCAGACUUUUGUCUUCUGUUCUGCUCGAGCGGGGGUUCUUGGUGCCUAAGGAACGGGAACUUGGGGAAUCACUGGAUGAUACAUUCAAGGAAUGGAACCCGGUUCUGCAAAAGGUUGCAGAGAGUCAUCCUGCGUUUUUGAGGCAUUUGACCGAAGAUCUGGUCAAUGAUCUAGCCUUUAAGAACACAACAGAUAUAUCGGAAGAUGCGCCUUCCGAGGCUCUGUAUCUGUGGAUCGCGCAUAUCUUGACAUCUUCUUCCUGGGAGUUCCACAGACAAUCAUGCCCGCAGAGCUAUGUUCUCCGAGCUUGUGAUGAAAGUCCACACCACUGGACAAAGAUGUUGGGAGAUCAGUUAAGAAAGCAUGCUAGCAAGCCCAAAUCAGUUCUUGCCGCUCGACCCGCUGUCAAGAACCGAGUCUCGAAGCCCAAACACGUUAGAAAUGACACGCAAUACGCUCCCACUCAGCUUUCGGAUAAGCUGCUGGAACAUGGAUGGGGGUUCUUGGAGAAAUGGGACAGUCGACCUUUGGGUGUGGUAUCGAGUAAUUAG